GCUUCGUCGCCGGUUCCCUCCAGUCGAAGCGCGACCGCCGGUGUGUGAACAUUGUUCUCGUUUAGUUAAUCGACCUCGCACGAACCCUAAACUCUCUGUAAACUUUUGUUCUUUUUGUUUCGUCCUGAAGUACAAUGGCCUGCCAUAGAGCUGCCAAAUCUGGAUUCGCCGCUGAAGCGCAGAGAAAGAUCAACAGCAAAUACAGCGAGGAACUGGCGCAGGAAUGUCUGGAAUGGAUCAAAACGAUCACCGGCGAGAAUAUAAACACCAGCGGGGACAUGGACAACUUUUACGAGAUCUUGAAGGACGGCACCCUGCUUUGCAAGUUGGUGAAUGACAUUAAGGAGGGUUCGGUGAAGAAAAUUAACAACACAACGCUCGCCUUCAAGUGCAUGGAGAAUAUAAACGCUUUCCUGAUAGCUGCAGCACAACUGGGUGUUCCGGCGCAGGAAACCUUCCAGACCGUAGACUUGUGGGAGAGACAGAAUCUAAAUUCCGUAGUUAUUUGCUUACAAUCUCUUGGAAGAAAGGCGGGUAAUUUCGGCAAGCCAAGCAUUGGUCCCAAGGAAGCAGAUAAGAAUGUGCGCAAUUUUACGGAAGAACAACUGAGAGCCGGUCAAGGUGUGAUAAGUUUACAAUACGGAAGUAAUAAGGGUGCUAAUCAAAGCGGCAUCAAUUUCGGAAACACCAGACAUAUGUAAACAAUUACUUAUCGUAUAUUCUCGCCAGUCGUAACAUCGUUCUAUUCCCAUCUGUCUCUUGAAUCCCGCAAACAAGUACUCUUUUAGUUAUAUCGUAUCUCAAUAUGUGAGUGUUCUCUCAUUAAAGUUCAAUAAAUCCAAGAUUAAGGUAUAUAAUAAACGUUGCGCGAGAUAUUCCGCGCAACAUGGGAAGACAACAAGACAAACAUGAGAUUCUUCUCGAACUAAAAAAAAUUGACAUAUAAGAUAUAAUUUUAGAAACUCGAGAAGCGACUUAAUUCUUGGAUGCAAAAUAGACAUUUUUCUUUUUAUUCUUUAUCAAUGACACACAUUGAUCAUGUCGUUUCGUUUUUUGAAUGACUUUUUUGUCUACAAAAACAAAGUAGAGAGAUAAAAUCCUAAGUUAUCUCUUGUAGUUCGCUCUCAAUCAUAUAUUUAUUCAUUUAUUAUUCUUAAUAUUAUUUGGUUAGCAAAUUUCUAUUGUGAAGCUUUGCAUCCAAUAAUUAUAAAUAAAAAUCGUAUCUAGAUUCUGUAUUAAUAUGAGUUAUUUAAUUUUAAUUUCAAUUUCUAUAUUUUACGUCACUUUAUAUUUACUUCGAAAAUAAUUUUGUGUGUGAUAAUGAUUUAAUUUCUAUAAUUGCUAUAUACUUUAAGUAUAUGAUGAGGUGAAUGUGCUAUUUGAUGAUCGUACGAAGUAUUUUAUAUCCUAUUUUUGUUGGAUAUACAACUCAAAGGAAAGGAUCUUUUUAUAUGUGUAUAAUACAUACAUACAUAUGCCACGUCAAUGCGUAACUAUUGUGUAUUUCACAAUUUGUAACACAAAUGUGUAUAUAUAUAUAUAUAUCUCUCUCUCAGAUAGAAAACACAUACCUGUCACAAAACAAACAAAGAUAUAUAUGGUUAAGAUCAGCUCAGACAGCAGUUAUAUUUGUUAAAUGUUAUAAAAGUAUAUAUAUAUAUAUAUUGUGUACACUCAAUAAUGAUUUGUUAACUGGGCGGUGCGAUAUCAUGUGUACCAAGUCUAGUCAAUGAAUCAUUGUCGUCGAGUGUUCGAUGUGCGGACAUUAUCGGCUUUGAUAGCCACAGCGUUGUCGUUACAAAUGGAAAUACCUUCUACAAUUUACAAUUUAAUCAGAGAUUGUCAUAUAUAAAUUGUCAUGUUACACAUGAGAUGAUUAUCAAAUUCUAUUAAAAUAUAAUAAAUGAGAUAUAUAUAUAAGUAUAUAUAUAUAUAUUAAGAAUAUUUUGUACAAAUAUAUAUUGAUGGUUAGAAGCUCUAAUUUUUCAUAAUACACUGAUGGAUAUGAGUUGAUAAAAACAAUUGUAUCCAAUAGUGAUGUUUACAUUAAAUGUUACUUAUAAUGAAACCUCUAAUUGUGGUUUUUAAUUAUUCAGUUAUAUGUGUGUGCGGUGUAUGUGUGUGCGUAUAAUGUAAAACAAAAAAGAUAAUACCUGAAUACAGAUGAAUUCUGAUGCUGCUCGAUAAAAUCUUGUUUU